ACCGGAUGGUGCCGCCGGUCCCCUUGCGCGAGGCGCUGCUCGCCUGCGGGGACGCUGCGCUCUGGGGUUUGAAGUCCAUAAAAGGAAGCUGCCACAAUUUUUGUACUGCAGUUUCCAAAGUUGUCACUUACAAGGAACUUAAAAACCUGCUGAAUUCCAAAAAAAUCAUCUUAAUUGACGUUAGAGAGACGUGGGAAAUUUAUAUGUAUGGAAAGAUCCCCGGGUCGAUGAACAUACCAUUAGACGACGUAGUGGAAGCGCUGCAGAUGAGCCCCAGAGAAUUCAAAGAGAAGUACAAUGAAGAGCAGCCGUCCAAAUCUGACAACCUAGUGUUCUCCUGCUUAGCUGGAGUGAGGAGCAAGAAAGCUCUGGAGACAGCGGUGUCUCUGGGAUUUAGCAGUCCAAGUCCGGCUGGUGUCACACAACAGGAGAGCGUGUUCACAGCACUGACUGCUGGAUGUGUGUUUUCAGUGCUCAGCACUACGCCGGGGGAUGGAAGGAGUGGUCAACCUAUGAGCAUCCAGAGAAGAAACAAGGAGAGUAGACUUGGGGACACAAGCUGGCUUUCCCCGUCUGUACACCCCAUCUCGUGUGCAGCCCCGAGUGAGCAGAGGAAUAAAAAUCUAGUGGUGACACUAUUGUAAAAAAAAAAAAAAAACUAGCUUAAAAAGUUGCAUGAAACAAAACAGAGACCCCCCCCCCCCAACUCUUCAUCUGCACUAUUCCAACCUUUAGGUUCAUGAUUAGUCAACAGUUUGUUUGGCUUUAUAUGUUAACUCUCUUUUCAGCCACCAGGUUCCAGAC